CCAUACUCGUUAAAAAGUGGAUCGACGAUGGAUUUACUCCCGGCCAAGGAAGCUGCCAAAAUCUACCACACCAACUACGUGAGGAACUCCCGGGCCAUCGGCGUCAUGUGGGCCGUGUUCACCAUGUGCUUCGUCAUCAUCACGGCGGUGGUCUUCAUUCAGCCCUUCUGGAUCGGGGACAGCGUGAACACCCCGCAGGCGGGCUACUUCGGUCUCUUCCACUACUGCAUCGGCAACGCGCUCACAACGGAGCUCAUCUGCAAGGGCAGCGUGCUGGACUUCAGCUCCAUCCCAUCCCCGGCCUUCCGCACGGCGAUGUUCUUCGUGGGCACGUCCGUGCUGCUGGUGGCGGCCACCGCCGUCUGCUUCAGCCUCUUCUUCUUCUGCAACGCCGGGAGCGUCUACAAGAUCUGCGCCUGGAUGCAGCUGGCCUCCGCUGCUUUGAUGGUGAUGGGCUGCAUGAUCUACCCGGAUGGCUGGGACGCCCCGGAGGUGAAGCAGAUGUGUGGCCAAAAGACUGACAAGUACAGCUUGGGGGACUGCACGGUGCGCUGGGCCUACAUCUUGGCCAUCAUCAGCAUCCUGGACGCACUUCUCUUGGCCUUUUUGUCCUUCACUCUUGGUAACCGGCAGGACAACCUGCUGCCAGAAGACUUUGAGGUGGAGGGAGCAGAAAACCCCUAA